AUGAAGGCCUCAGAUGCUAACCGGAAUCCCAAACGAUGGUGCGAGUUCCAUAGCGAUCACGGCCACACCACGGAUGAUUGCAUAGCCCUGAAGAGAGAAGUCGCCGAGCUUCUCAAGAGAGGUCAUCUGAGGGAAUUCCUCUCGGACAAGGCCAAGAACCUUUUGAAUAAAGAAGGUCCCGGUCUUCCUACUGAAGCAGCUCUCGCAUUGCCACCACAGGAAGACCGGGUUAUCCAUGUCAUCUCAGGCGGAUCAGAAGUAAGUGGAAUCAGCAGUGCUAGGAACGGCCAAGAGGCCGAAGGUCCCAAGCGCCUACUCCUAGGAAAAGAAAAUAUCAGCUUCACCGCAAAGGAGCAAGAGAAGGUCCUAGCUCUUCACCACGACGCCCUUGUCAUUUCACUUACCAUAGCAAAUUUCUUGGUUAAGCGAAUACUAGUGGACAACGGGAGCUCCAGCAACAUUAUCUUCCACUCAGCCUACGCCGAUCUAGAGUUGGAACCUAAGGCCCUGACAAGAAAGGUGACCCCUCUCGUAGGCUUCAGCGGGGAGGUAAAGCAGACCUUAGGGGAGGUCCUUCUCCCAGUAUAUGCCGAGGGAAUAAACCAGGCCACGAAGUUCUUAGUCGUCGACUGCCCUUCGUCCUAUAACGUGAUAUUAGGGAGGCCCUGGAUCCAUGACAUGGGAGCCGUACCCUCGACUCUCCAUCAGCUGGUCAAGUUUCCGACUCCCUGGGGCAUUAAAGCGAUCAAGGGGGACCAUGAGAAUUCGAGGUCCUGCUACCAGACCACCCUAGAGGGGAGACCCAAGUCUUAUAGCAAUUAUAAAAGAAGCUUCCGGCCAUGCAUACCGAAGAGCCGGAAGUGGAAGAUAUGGAUGAGGUUCCCAUGGUGGAAGGAAAUCCGGAAUGAAACCUGA